AUGAAAUUCGGCCGCAAUUUACCCCGGAAUGUCGUGCCCGAGUGGAGCGCGUCCUACAUCAAGUACAAGGCCCUGAAAAAAGUUAUCAAAUCAGCGGCGGAGAAUGUGAAGGCUGGUCAUGAUGCAGACCUCGCCGGAUUCUUUCACUCCCUCGAUCGAAAUCUCGAGGAUGUGGAUUACUUCUACAAUAAGAAAUAUUCGGAUUUUGCGCGCCGUCUGAAGCUGUUGGAUGAGCGGUAUGGCCAUUCUCUGGAAGUCGGCCACCGCCUGGACGCUGAGGAGGUGGAGGACCUGUUGGCUGCCUUGCUGGAGCUGCGCGGACAGCUGCGUAAAUUACAGUGGUACGGCGAGGUCAACCGUCGGGGGUUCAUCAAGAUCACCAAGAAACUGGACAAGAAGGUGGGCUCUCAUGCGCAGCAGACCUAUAUCGAGACCAAGGUGGACCCCGCCCCCUUUGCCUCAAAUGCUCGGGUCUCCGAGUCUUUGAAGCGAAUUAACGACUGGCUAUCCGUGCUGGGUGAGCAAAAGAUCAACGACGAUGCCAGCUCCACCCACUCUUCGCUGUCUCUGAAGAGAGGUCCCGCUCGUCCCAAUCUGAACCUGCCGGCCAGCUUACUGGUUGCGGUCGACGACGCCCUCCGCAAGGACGACACGCACGUGAUGCUAGAAUUGCUGGAGACGCUCAAGUCGGCUGCGGACGACAGCGGAGAGGGUAUCUUCCCUAAAGUCCUCAAAAAUCUCCUGCAGCGGUCUAUCUACUACCGCGCUAGGUCCUGUAUCUCGAACCUCCUGGGUCGGAUUGACAGCCUUGCCGAGGAAGACGAUAUCAACAAGCGCAAUUGCAUUCACCGACUAGUGAUCUCGAUCGGUCGGGCGCAAUCCACCACCGACUCGGAGCAGUCUGCUUCGAUGGUGCUUGACUUCCCCUUGGAGACAUCUAACUACAUCACUCCCGCUGCCCUGCCGACCCUUCAACCCCCGCGCUCCGUGGUGAAGGAGGCGGAUUUCCCGCAGCAUCUCGAGCGCUCUGAUCCGUCUGUGUCGCUUUUGCAGCAUCUGCUGGAUCAGCUCCAAAGCUCGCAGCGAUCCGCUCUCCUGGCGAAGGACCUCGCUGGCCGAACGCCAUUGCAUUACGCCGCCCAGUACGGGUUCAAGAUUGUCUGCGAGGUCAUCAUUGAGCACCUGCAAGAUUGGGGUAUGUUCGAUGCCAGUGGAGGUAUUGACGGGCCCUCGUGGCAAGAUAAUGACGGCUGGGCGCCUCUUCAUUUGAGUGUAGUGGGCGGCCACCCCCUCACGACCCGGGCCCUCCUGGAUGCCGAAAACCUGCCAGGACAGAAGGAGAAGAAGAUCACAAUCCGCAAGCGGGUGUCCCGAUCAAGCGCGGUGCUUGCCCUGGCCACCAAGGCGAACUUUGUCGAUAUCGUCCAACUGUUGGUGGAUGCCGGUGUGGAUAUCAACUACCAGGACGAACAGGGCGAAACCGCACUCCAUGUGGCAGCCCGCUUCGGCCACCAUGAGUGUGCCAAGAUUCUAUUGGAUGGCAACCACGAGCAGAAGGCCAAUACUGAACUCGCGGAACACACGUAUUCCUGGACCCCGCUGUUCAUUGCUUGCGUCGACGACGCGCUCGCAGUGGUGAACUUGCUGAUUGAAGCCGGUGCCGAGUUGGAGAAACCCGAUUCCUCUGGGUGGACAGCCAAGGAACAUGCCGCGCUGCGAGGUCACCUUGCCGUCGCUCGGCGUCUUGCAGAAGUUACGCCUGAGCCGGAAGUCAACGAGGCCGAGCCGGUGAUCCCCGUUCCCACGCGUUCUACCUCGCCGUCAUCCUCUCACUCUCCCCCGCCAUCCUCCCUGGCGGACCGGAGAUCCAACAUGCAGACCCCCGCCGGGAGUUCUAGUUCGCGAGGUUCUGAGCCUAUUAAGUCUUUUGGACACCGGUAUCUCACCGAUGAAGCCAUGAUCCUGGUUAGUCUGGGGACGAUGGAUACCCGUAACCCCAUUGCAUCCGUCAAUCUGGACCGUAUUCCCAUGGAAAAUGCGCAUUCGACGCAGCUGGACACAGCGCUGUCCCUCGUGGUUUCGGCCAGUGGAGCCCACGGAGAGCCCGAGGUUAUUGAUCUCCCUGUGCAAGACAACAUUUCCACCGAACCCAUGGUUUUCCACGCCGCAGACGCAGCCAAGGUUAGGCUGGUAUUUGAUCUGAUUCCUACCUACGCUGGCUCGAAAGAGAAGGUCGUGGGACGUGGCGUUGCAUUGCUGUCCAGUAUCAAACCCACUGUUGGAUCCCAUCGCAUCAACCUGAAGGGUGACUCGACGGUCCCUAUCAUCGCCGCCAACACGUUGGAAAUCAUCGGCACCGUCACCUUCAACUUCCUUAUCAUCACCCCUUUCCAGCACCCCAACAUGUCCAUUACUGGGGACCAAACGUAUUGGAAGAGUAUGAGCUCAACCAUGGUAAUCGGUCACCGCGGGCUGGGUAAGAACUUUGCCAACCAUAACUCACUACAACUCGGAGAGAAUACGAUCCAGUCGUUCAUUGCCGCGGCUAAUCUGGGCGCAUCCUACGUGGAAUUCGAUGUGCAACUGACCAAGGAUCACGUCCCUGUGAUCUACCAUGAUUUCCUCGUCAGCGAAACUGGAAUAGAUGCUCCCGUGCAUACUUUGACUUUGGAACAAUUCCUUCAGCUGGGUGACAGGGGGCAACCGGCCGACGUUUUGGGGAAGGACGUGAACACUCGCCAGCGCUCCAUGUCCGUCGGCGGCUCCGAAUACGACCCCUCGGAGUUGAACGAGAAGAUCAAGCACACGCGUGACUUCAAGAAGAAGGGUUUCAAGGGGAAUACCCGCGGUAAUCACAUUCAGGCGCCAUUUGCCACGCUGGAGGAGCUAUUUAAGAAGCUGCCCAAGUCCGUUGGGUUCAACAUUGAAUUGAAGUACCCCAUGCUCUUUGAGAGCGAGGACGAAGAGAUGGACACUUAUGCGGUGGAAUUGAAUUCGUUUGUCGACACGGUUCUCCGCCUGGUUUACGAUCUGGGACACGGCCGCAACAUGAUCUUCUCGAGUUUCAACCCGGAUAUUUGUCUUUUGCUGUCUUUCAAGCAGCCCUCCAUCCCUGUCCUGUUCCUGACGGACUCCGGAUCCACGCCGGCCGGUGAUAUUCGGGCCAGUAGCCUCCAAGAAGCCGUUCGGUUCGCCUCUCGAUGGAACCUGCUUGGCGUUGUGACUCAAGCUGAGGCCUUGGUCCUCUGCCCUCGAUUGGUGCGAGUGGUGAAGGAAUCCGGUCUGGUUUGUGUUUCGUACGGAGCGAUCAACAACAAACCUGCCAACGUCAAGCUCCAAGUUGCCGAGGGCAUUGAUGCCGUCAUCGUGGACUCCGUUCUAGCCAUUCGAAAGGGACUCACGGAGCAUCAGAACAAGGAUACCCCGGCCGUUACUCCUCAACCCAGUCCGCUCGCCCAGCCCACUUCCGAUCCUAUAAACCAGGCCUUGAAAAUCCCAGUUCUAAAUCAGGCUGAUGUGCAGGAUAACCACCUAAACAUCAAAUAG